AUGCUGUCAAACUCUACUGAAGAUGAAGAACCCAGUAGGACCUCGUGGACUGUCACUCUUGUUUUUACAGUGUGCUCUGCUGCCAUUGGAGGAACCUUCCAGUAUGGUUAUAAUCUCUCAAUGAUCAAUGCUCCCACCAGCUACAUCCAGACCUUCAUCAAUGACACCUACAUGGAACGAUGGGGUAUUGGCUUGGAUACUCCCCAAGUGACGUUAGCCUGGACUUUCAUCGUGUCUGCUUUCUCCCUGGGUGGAUUGUUUGGGGCCCUACUAGCUGGACCUAUGGCUGUCCAGUUUGGAAGGAAGAAAUCAUUACUUCUCAACAAUAUGUUUAUGUUAGUUGCUGCUGUCCUUGUGCUAACAUGUAAAAUGGCUGGAUCGUUUGAGAUGAUCAUUCUUGCCCGAUUUCUUGUUGGCAUGAAUUCAGGUGUAAGCAUGAAUAUCCAACCCAUGUAUUUUGGUGAGAGCGCCCCCACACAUCUAAGAGGAGCCGUUGCGUUUUCCUCUGCUGUUUUCACCGCUUUCGGAAUAUUCCUGGGCCAGGUGGUUGGACUUACCGAGAUUCUUGGCGGGAAAGAGGUUUGGCCUUACUUGUUAGCUAGCAACACUGUACCAGCGCUAAUCCAAGUUCUAACCUUACCCUGGUUCCCUGAAAGCCCUAGGUACCUUCUCAUCGACAAAGGUGAUCGGGAGUCUUGUGAAAACGCACUUGCUAGACUCCGUGGCGGUCAGAUCCCUAUUUUCGAGCUGGAGUUAAUGAUUCGAGAAAAGGAGGAGCUAAAAUCUUCAGCGAUCAACACCAAUUCCAAAGCUAAAACACCUUGGGCGCUCAUCAAGGACAAGGACCUUCGAACUCAACUCCGAACUGUCAUGGGUGCCAGUAGUGCCAUGAUGUUAUGCGGAAAUGACUCCAUCUACUUUUACGCUUACUACAUUUUCCUAGCAGCUGGCAUCCCUCCCCAGAAAAUCCAAUAUGCUACAAUUGGUACGGGAGCAUCUGAAUUUUUGUCUUCAAUCCUCAGUAACUUUUUGAUCGAACAUGCUGGCCGUCGCUACCUUCUGAUUGGAGGGUAUAGCCUGAUGUCUUGUUGGAGUGUUGUUUUCACAAUAGCACUAGUUUUUCAAACCCAAGGUGUAGCAGGUAUGCCAUAUUUAAGCAUGGUAUGUGUUUUUGCAUAUAUUUUAAGUUUUGGAUUGGGGCCAGCUGGAGUUACUGGCAUUUUACCGGCCGAAAUUUUUGACCAAUCAGCUCGACCAGCAGCAUACAUGAUCGCCGGAUCAUUCAUGUGGUUUAGCUUAUUUUUAGUUGGUAUGUUGUUCCCGUUCAUUGUCAACACCUUGGGGGACUAUUGCUUCUUGCCUUUCUUUGUUGUGUGCGUGGUGUCUGCCAUAUUUUUAGGUUUAAUUUUACCGGAAACCAAAGGAAAAACGUUGGCGGAGAUAACUUUGGAGUUUGAUAAGAAGAAUAUAGGAAGUGGAGGGAACAGGCAAAAGAAACAAGUGGACAGCCCUAGCACAGCACAGUACCGACCGGCUACAGCAAUGUCAGACGUGGAAGACCCUGUGGUGAAGAGUAGAGAGUGA